AUGCUUGCAGCGCCGGAAGUUGUAUUUUGCGAUAAUCUCGCGAGAGUUGCUUGUGCAGGAAGCGCGAACGUGUAGGGGUUGUUUAUAUUUUUUUAGUCCAUCGUGGUGAGAGCAAAUGUGAUAUUUACAACAAACGAAAGCGGAUAAUAACCCUUCUGAUAUGAGUAGCCUAUUUGUUUGCGAGGAACCAAAAACAUGGAGGAAGGUGUAUGACAAGUACUGGAAUGUGGUCGAGGCUAAAGCCCAAGGAAAGAAAACGGGGAACCUGCUUAAACUUGACAAAUGGUUCCAAGAGGAGCUUCCCGCUCAGAUUUCAAGUCGAGCAGAAAAAUACAUCACUCUUUCCGAGCUGGUGAAACUAAUGCAGUGGAAGCUGACUAGAGGGAAGUUCAGGCCCAGGCUACAGCAGUUGGUGGCGUCCAACAGCGAGGAUACGGUGGAGAAAUGUUCCAGAAAGGCUUUUAGCCUCCUGCCUGAUGUCCAGGCAGCGAUUGCAGAACUUAGUUCCCUGAAAGGAGUUGGCCCUGCUACUGCUUCAGCCGUGUUGGCUGCAGGAGCUCCAGAACAGACUGCAUUCAUGUCUGAUGAAGCCAUGGAGAGUGUGCCAGGACUGCAGCCGAUCCAGUACACAGCCAAGAACUACGCUCUGUACCUGAGCAAGAUCGUUGAACGGUCUAAAAAACUAAACAAAGUGGAUCCACAGCAGGACUGGACGCCUCAAAGGCUGGAGUUGUGUUUGUGGGCGAUGACCAUAGCUACAAAACAGCAGUUGGGGCUUUUUGAAGAAUUAAAAGUGAAAAACAAAAAAACACAGGAAGAAACCUCGGAUUCUGAUGGUGAACACAAAGCAAAGAAGCUCAAAUCGGUCUAAAUUUGUUCACUGAUAUAUAACGACUUCUAUUGAAGAGAUUUAUUUUAUAUUAAUUAAAGUCUGUAUUAAAACAAAUCUGAUCAUUCAGUGAUUUUUUUUUUUUUUUAUUUCCCAU